CUAAAUUAGUCUCGUUCAAUCAGACGCUCGGCUGUCCCGUGAAUCUCCGACGAGCAGAGAGUCUAAUAAGGCGACACGUAAAUGUGUGUGACCUCAAAACAAGGCUUACCAAAAUACUGGUAUUAAAUUUGAUUGGUUGAAAAAUUCACACCUCCUAUAACAUGUAAACAAAGACGAAAGCAACUAUUUGUGAUCGAAUAAAUUUACCGUUUAAACUGAACAUCUUAACUGGAAAGUUUAACAACGGUUAUAAAUGGAAAGGAUUUCUUUACAGUGCUACCUUUUGGGUUACGGUAGAACCAAUGAAUGUUUCUAAAGUAUUUCAAUUUAAAAUCUAGCUUUCGUGUAAAACCGCUUCGGCAAAGUUAAGUUCAGCCAUGUUUAAUGAGUCUGUGGAGAGCAAUACUAUAGUAUAAGACUAAAUCGACGUAAGUUUCUUAAUUUUAACAGCAAUAAAUUAAGGUACUGUAUAUCACACAAACUCAAACCGGCACACAUUGACACUACGAUUCAAAAUGAAACUAAAUCGGCGCCCCCUAUCGGUAGCUGUUAUCAACGUGACGCUUUACCAGACUCUCUGCUCGUCAUAGACAUACGGAGACAGCCGAGUGUCUGGUUGAACGAGACUACAUCUAAAUAAGUUCUAUAAGCGUUUUUACGACUUAAAUUUAGAGGACACAAUAAAUUUUUUAAUCGGAUAAAAACGAAAUUUUAACAAAAAACGGAUGAAAAUGGAAAUUUACGAAAACACUUUUUUUGGGUCGGCGGGUUUAAGUUAGGGUCGGUCGGGAAAGCGGAAACAAACCUAUUUUUGAUAGGCCUUAAAUACACUCUACAGAUUUCUAACUUCAACCAACAACUUUAUUUACAGAAACCUCUCUAGAUUGCGUCUGGUGCGUUUUUAUAUCAAAGAGGCCGUUUCGUUACAUUAUAUAAAAAACACGAGUGCUUUAACUGGAUCUGAAGAUUGUGUGUGUCAAAGUGAUUAACAUUUUUAAGCUCACCUGAGCUGAGCUGAAGAGAUGUAAAAAUGAAAUGUUUGGAGUUUCUUCUGGUUUUGUUUGAAAUUAAAGUAUUGCUGGAAUAUGGAAGUGCUGAAGUUACCGAUGAGUACUGUCUUUUUAAAGAGGAAUACCAUGAAGAAGUAAAGUAUAGGAUACCUCCAGUUCCAGAUUUCCUGAAAAACCGAACUAAUACGGAAUUAUGCAGAAAACGACUAAAUGAUAUAGAACAAAUAGAAUGUUCUGGAGUAUUCAUUCUUCCCAAUUGUAUAUGCAGUUACCAUCAAGUGUCUAAUCCUAUUUACCACAACUACACAGCAUGCCCAUUUAACUCAAAAAACGACGACCUUGAUCAUUUGAACUGUGAAGAUUGUAGAAAAUACAGUGUUAAUAAAACCGGCCCUUGCUUGAACGGUGGGAGUUUGAUCUGUAAACCUAAGACGUUACCCAUUCAUUCAACUUGCUUGUGUCCCGAAUCAUUUAGUGGGAACUAUUGUGAGAACAAAAUAGAGCCGGUAUAUAGAAUCUGUCACUCAAAACCGUUACUUCACCUUCCAGAGCUUCCUAACUGUAGUAACGACCAAACGGAUGAGUGUAAAGUAAACAUAAACUUAACCAGUUUUAAGUGCACAACACAUAUUACUUCAGAUAGGAGAUAUCAAGAUUGUGAUCCUCACUUUAAAUAUACUACAAAGGAUGCUAUAGAAUCGGGGAGAAGAGUGAUAAAUUGUGGCAACAUUCUUCAAAGCGCUUCACUUACAAUCAUAUUAUUUACAUAUUUUGCUGUUUCCCACGUUUAUUCAUAUUUUCAUUCUGAAUAUUAUUUACUGUAGUAUAUAAGGGUCACGAUAAAUCCCUUCAAAUAACGAUCUAUACAUAUAUACGUAUAAAUCCAAACUUAAAUAAUCAUUCUACUGCAAAACUGAUAUAGGGCCAUCAAAGACACAAUACUACUGAAAGAAUUAUAGAUUCAAUUAAUUAAUUAAAUUAAUUAAUUAUAGGUUCAAUUAAUGAAUUGAACAAAAAUCGACGGUAAUGUCGUGUUUGCCAGUAUUUUGCCAGUGUUAUCAAUCUAAAUUGUACGUGUUCUAUUCACAAAAAAGUUAAUUGUGAGAUGUUAAUACACUUCCGGUCCGUCCUCGCAUUGUACUAAACCAGGAAGAUCAUUUAUUCAAUGUUUUCUUUCCUUUUACGUUUAUGACAAUCAAAAAAUAUUGCAAAACCAUCCUCGGGCAUUUUUAUACAGUAAGUGCUCAUUACCCUACACACGGAUACGUUUUAACGAAACAAAAAUCUUCUAAUAGGCUUAAUGUUGUGUUAAAAUCUCGACCAGAUAUUUGUUUUUCAGAUAUUUUCGGUUUUCAGAUCAUAUAGGAACUAGUAUUUCUCGGUUAAAGUAAAGACAUUUUGUGCGAGAGUUGUUCUUAUUAAUUGAAUAUUAUAUUUCGAAAGCAUUCAUCACAAUCAUUGCAAAACUGUGUACCUUAUAUUUAAAAUGCGUAGAAAAUGUUUACAAGGCUAUGCCAAUAUGUACAUUUUCCUAGAUCAACAUUUUGGCAGCUAUUUACAAAAUAAUAAAGUAUUUCAAAGUAAAAUAAACUGAAGUUAACAGGAUUGUAAGGUUCAGAUAUCUGUAAUUUGUUACCUUGAAUUUUACACAUUACAAAAAUGUUAAAAUCUAUUUACUUUGUAAACUUCUAUUUCUAUAUAGCAAUUGAAAUAUUCCUUUUCGAAAUUUUAACUGUUUCUCCUGUUGUUAAUUUAAUAUAGAUAUUUUUUUAUGAUCACAAAUAAACAAAACAUGUAAUAUAUUUUAUCAUUUAAAUACCAGU